AUGUCGCGAAGUUUUUUGGUAGAUUCGCUUAUCGGCAAUAAUUCGCCUCCAACUUAUCCACUUCCUUAUUACGGGAACCAGUUGCCAAAUUAUAUGUUCAACUUCUUCAAUCUUGGAUUGGGUUAUCAACCAGUUAGACCAGUACCUAGACCACCAGCUUUACCUCUUCCUGUACCGCUGAGUCCGCCAGCCUUCAUGGGGAUGCCUCUUAAUAGACAGAGUCCGUCAUCGCCACUUAAUUCUCCAACAAGUCGCUUAUCAGACGUAUCAGGAGCUAAUGAGUCACCAACGCACAGUAUGACACCAACACCGCCACCGAAAUCACCGAAGUCACCGAAAUCACCGAAAUCACCAAAUUCAUUUAAUAAUAGUUCAAAAAGGAUACGCACAGCAUUUACCAGUACUCAGUUACUUGAAUUAGAACGUGAAUUUUCAACUAAUAUGUAUCUAUCUCGACUACGUAGAAUUGAAAUAGCCACGAACUUACGUUUAUCUGAAAAACAAGUGAAAAUCUGGUUCCAGAACCGUCGGGUCAAGUACAAGAAAGAGGAUCUACCCACGGGCCAAAGUGCUAAGUGCUGUUGCUUGAGGACAUGUGGCAAGAAAAAAGAGGAUUGCGAUGAUAAAAAGUGCACUACGACAACAACCGAGGAGGGACUUUGUGAAGAGGAUAAAGAUAAAGACGUUUGUGAGAAUAAGAUACUUGCAUCAACACACGAGAAUGACAAACAAGAUAUUAAAGAGGAAUGUAAAGAGACUUCUGCUGACGUUGUUCAAGAUUUAAGAACUUCUCCAGUUGAUUAUCCAAGGUUUCCGGGUUUUUUUGAAUUCCCAAAUCGCCGACACAAUAUUUGUGAUGUGAAUAUCAAUGAUGAGAGUCGUAAACGUCAAUACCACAAUUUUGAAGACUCGGAAAUUGUGAAGAAAGGAAUUUUGCCUGUUGAUCCGUACAUUACUUCUCUUAAAGACAGUUCAAUUAUCGUUAGAAAUAAUACUUGUACUAAAUAUACCGUUGAGAGUAUUGUUAAUUCUUGA